CCUCACCCCUCCCGGACUUUGGCAACAGUCUGCCCAAGAAGAUCCCCCUCCCCUCCGCCCCUGUAACCACCAGUGGGGGGACGGAGGUUGAACGAGUCAGCCGAAUCUCUUGGACGCCUCCGACCGCCAUGGCUUCGACUCCCUCCGCUUCGGCCCUCACUUCGGUGCUCCGAUGUCGCGGUACACUGUGGACCCGGAAUCCGCCGAGCAAGCGAAGCUCCCCCUCGGCGUACGGCCCCGCGCUGGCGGGCGGAACUCGGCGCGACUCGCCCGGCCGCGGAGAGAGCUUGUCGUAUCGACUGUCCGUGCGGUACGAUUCACCAUCGCGGGAGGGCGAUGGGGCCCACCGAUCGAGGGAGCUGCAGAGAAGCGGCCCGGAGGCACGCGCAGUGUUCCAAGCCAGCAAUGGGCGGCCCGGAGGAGCUCGCCAACCCGCGGCAGUUGUUAUCAUUACCCGGUUAAUACGACCGUGUCAAACGAAAGUGUUCGUACGGGACAUGUGUGAGCAUCGCUUAGGGUUUGGUGGACUGUGCCGUGACGAUGGACAAAUGACGCCGUCUUUCGUGGAGGGCAGAUGGAGCACUUUGAGGAGCACCUGCCGCUCUCUCCAACUUCUGCUGACCCACAUUGUAUUACGCCGGCUGGCCAUACUCUGCGGAUGCGGCAGGGGGCGCCAACGCAAGAUUAAGAGAAAUGAUUCCGGACAGAAGAUUCCCAAAAAUGGACCUGAUUGACAGUCGGAGGCCUUGAACUUGACACACCGUGAUCCUUGCCUUAUUUAUUGACUUUUAUCUACGUCUGUGUGAACAUUUUGGUUAUCUUCUGUCCAUGAGCGUAACACGUGGUGGUGCAGGUGUUCCUAAAGCGUGGCCUCCAUGUGUAUUUUGCACAUUUGGACUUCAACCUAUUGAGCAAAAAAAAAAAAAGCUAAAUCUGUGAGCACUUUUUCCGGCAGUGAACAGAAACCUGCGUUGAGAGCCUUUUUGGUGUGUGGUUUGAUCUGGGCGGGACAUGCGCUGCCAGCGAGGUUCUGUGAUCCUGUUCGGCACCUUGCUGUUCUUCACCUGGAACGCCAUUCUGGUUCUGCUUCUGCGGGCCAGACUUCCAGACCAGGAGGCUCCAAAAGACGACGACAACAAUGACAUGGUUGACAAAGUGCUGCGUGUGGCAGACAUGUUGGAGAAGGAGCUGCAGAUCCAAAACAAAAUCCUUAUGCAGAUCCAGAACUUGCAGCCUGUGCGGGAGAAGUGGCAGAAAAAGAACCUGAAUCCACCAACGCCUCAUGUUCCCGUCAUCCCCGUCCUGGUGAUGGCCUGCAACCGGGUGACGGUGCGGCGCUGCCUGGACAAGCUGAUCCAGUACCGGCCCUCGUCCAAACUCUUCCCCAUCAUCGUGAGUCAGGACUGCGGCCACGCCGACACGGCCGACGUCAUCCGCUCGUACGGAAGCGCCGUCACGCAUCUGAUGCAGCCCGACUUGACCGACGUGGCGGUUCCGCCGGAGCACCAAAGGUUUCAGGGCUACUAUAAGAUCUCCAGACAUUACCGCUGGGCUCUCAAGCAGGUCUUCAGCAAACACUCCGCCGUCAUCAUUGUGGAAGACGACCUGGAGGUGGCGCCAGACUUUUUCGAGUACUUCCGCGCCACGCUGCCACUGCUCCAGUCGGACCCGAGCCUGUGGUGCGUUUCGGCCUGGAACGACAACGGCCGGAAAGGCUUCGUGGACCCUGCGGGGUCUCGUCUUCUCUACCGCACUGACUUCUUCCCGGGCCUUGGCUGGAUGUUGCUUCGAGAGCUCUGGGAGGAGCUGGAGCCCACGUGGCCCGCCGCCUUCUGGGACGACUGGAUGCGCAAACCGGAGCAGCGUCGCGGCCGCGCUUGCAUCCGGCCCGAGAUCUCGCGCACGCUGACGUUCGGGCGGGAGGGUGUGAGCCUGGGCCAGUUCUACGAAAAGUACCUGCAAUACAUUAAACUCAACUCGGACUUUGUGCCUUUCACCCAGCUGAAUCUGACUUACUUGAAAGAGGACGUGUACAAGAAGAGCUUCCAGAAGGAGGUUUACGAUGCCCCCGCUGUCACUUUUAAGGACGUCCAGCAGGGGGCGCUGGAGGGUAACGGGCCUUUCCGGCUACCGUAUUCCAGCAAGGAAAGCUUCAAAGUGUUUGCCCAAAACCUGGGCAUCAUGAACGAUUUUAAAUCCGGCGUGCCAAGGACCGGCUACAGAGGCGUGGUCAGCAUCUUCUCGAGAGGACGCAGGGUCUACAUUGCUCCGCCUCCAGGAUGGACUCAGUACGAUCCCACUUGGAACUGACUUGUGAAUUAUAUAGAACUAUUUUGGGAGGGGCAUCAAUUACAGAUUUGUUUUUUAAAUGGUGUGGGAUGUUUACCAAAAGGUGGUGU